CUGUCUGCCCCCCCAACCGUAGGCCUGAGUGUGUACAUAAAAACCACUCUAUAAGACAAAAUUUGAAGAAUCUUAAUAAAAUCUACGACUUUCUGGGCCUCUGCCUUAUAAACAACCCCAACGCAGUGUUCAGACACACUUCCUUGGACCUUAGUCCUUCAUCGACUCUCGCUCAGUUACGGAUCCUAGUGCUUCGGGAGCUAUGAGCAAGCCCCAGAGACCGCGCUCCGGCCGUACAAAUCUUGCUUCGUGCAUAGUCGCCACUAUUUUCUUGAUCUUUGUCGUCAUCAUCGUCCUCAUCGUCUACUUCACUGUCUUCAAGCCCCACGACCCCAAGAUCUCCGUUAUCGCUGUCCAGCUCCCCUCCUUCACCCUCUCUAACUCCACCGUCAGCUUCACCUUCUCCCAGUACGUCGCCGUCCGAAACCCCAACCGGGCCGACUUCUCCCACUACGACAGCACUCUCCAGCUCCUCUACUCCGGCAGCCAGGUCGGGUUUAUGUUCAUCCCAGCCGGAAAGAUCGAGGCCGGAAGGACCGAGUACAUGACCGCCACCUUUGCCGUCCAGUCCUUCCCGUUGACGGCUCCGCAGACGGUUGGCGUCUUGGGGCCCUCGUUCCCCGGCAGCGGCGGUGGGGGAGGGAUCCGGAUCGGGCCCACCAUGGAGAUUGAGUCGCGGAUGGAGAUGGCGGGUCGGGUCCGAGUCCUGCAUUUCUUCACGCACCACGUGGAUACUAAGACUGACUGCAAAGUCGUCAUUGCUGUGAGUGAUGGAUCCGUCUUGGGUUUCCACUGCUAACAGUACCUUCAUCUUCUUCUUCUUCUUCUUUCUGUUGUAAUUGUAGGAUUUUUAUUUUUUUGGUAUUUGGGAAACCGGGUUGGUAGUAUUUACGGGUCAAAUUGUUUAGAAAAAAGUGUAUAAAAAACUCAUUUUCUGAUG